CGGCGAGAAGGGGGGAGCGGCAGGCUCCGCGGUGUAGUUGAACGCAGGCGCUCGGCCCUGGUUCCGGGAGAGCCCGUGCCCGGAGGCGCAGCCGGCGGAGUCCGUGGCAGCCGGGGACGCUGAUCGGACCGCUCGGCUCAGUCUCCCCCCCGGGUCCCGGCGGGGGAUGGUGCCUUCCGCAGCGCGCGCCUUGCUCCCGCGGUUCGGCUGCUCUGACGGGGGAGGGGACGUGAGCGCCGGGCUGGCCCCAGGGAGCGCGGGCCGCGGCUCCGCACGGACGGGACCAUGUCGGCGGGCGGGGAGGAGCUGAAAGUGCCCGAGGAGAUGUUCAAAGAUGUCAAGUUCUUCGCUGUGGGAGACAUCGACCCCAAGGUUAUUCAGCUUCUAAAAGCUGGGAAAGCGAAGGAGGUUUCUUAUAAUGCACUGGCUUCCCACAUUAUUUCGGAAGAUGGGGACAAUCCCGAGGUUGGAGAAUCUCGUGAGGUCUUCGAUCUCCCUGUGGUAAAGCCUUCCUGGGUGAUUUUGUCUGUCCAGUGUGGCGCUCUUCUGCCGGUGAAUGGUUUCUCUCCAGAAUCAUGUCAGAUCUUUUUUGGAGUCACUGCUUGUCUCUCUCAGAUUUCAUCUGAAGAUCGAAGUGUGCUGUGGGCUUUGAUUACUUUUUAUGGAGGGGAUUGCCAGCUGAGCCUCAAUAAUAAGUGUACUCAUUUGAUUGUGCCUGAGCCAAAGGGGGAAAAAUAUGAAUGCGCUUGUAAACGAGAGAGCAUUAAAAUUGUGACACCUGAUUGGGUACUAGAUUCUAUAUCUGAUAAAACUAAAAAAGAAGAGAUAUCCUAUCAUCCCCGCCUAAUUAUAUAUGAGGAGGAAGAGGAGGAGGAAGAAGAAGAUGCAGAAAAUGAAGAACAAGAUUCUCAAAAUGAAGCUAGUACCGAUGAAAAAUUAUCAAGCCCAGCAUCAUCUCGAGAAGGAUCACCUUUGGGUGACCAGGCUUUUUCACCAAAAUCUAUUAGUGCUGAUAAAACAAAAGGAGAACUGAUGUUUGAUGAUUCCUCAGAUUCCUCUCCUGAAAAGCAAGAAAGGAAUUUGAACUGGACACCAGCUGAAGUCCCACAGACAGCUGCAGCAAAGCGCAGGUUGCCUCAAGGCAAGGACUCUGGGUUAAUUAAUUUAUGUGCCAAUGUCCCACCAGUACCAGGCAAUAUUUUGCCUCCGGAAAUCAGAGGUAAUAUAAUGGCUUCCGUUCAAGGUACCCAAGGCUCUGAACGACCAGAAAUGAUGACUACGUGGAGUCCAGCAGUACGGACAUUAAGAAACAUUACUAAUAGUGCUGAUAUUCAGCAGAUUAAUAGGCCAUCAAAUGUAGCACAUAUCUUGCAAUCCCUUUCAGCACCUACAAAAAGUUUAGAACAACAAGUAAAUCAUAGCCAACAGGGACAUACAAACGCUGUGUUGUUUAGCCAAGUGAAAUUAACUCCAGAGACACAUUUAUUACAACAACAACAUCAAACACAGCAGCAACAGCACCACCCUCUUCUACACCUUCAACCUCAACAACUUAUGCAGUUGCAGCAGCAGCAGCAGCAACAGCAACAACCACAGAUUCCUCAACAACCUUUCCCACAGCAACAGUCUCAUCAGUUUUCACAACAGCAACAGCAAGUUCAUCAGCAACACCAGUUUGCACAGCAGCUACAGUUUCCACAGCAACAACUACAUCCUCAACAACAACUCCACCGGCCUCAGCAACAGCUGCAAUUCCAACAGCAGCAUGCCUUGCAACAGCAGUUGCAUCAGUUACAACAACAACAGUUGCAGCAGCAACAAUUACAGCAAAUACAGCAGCAGAACCUUCAACAGCAACAACUACAGCAGCAACAGCAGCAAAUUCAGCAACAGCAGUUGCAACAGCAGCAUUUACAGCGGUUACAUCAGCAACAUCAACAGCAGCAAAUGCAAACUCAAGCGCCGCAACAUUUGACUCAAACAUCUCAGCCGCUACAACAUCAGGUGCCAGCCCAGCAACUGCAACAUCACCAGCAGCCACAGCUGCAACAACAUCAGCUGUUUGGACAUGAUCCAGCCAUAGAGAUUCCAGAAGAAUAUUUCCUGUUGGGCUGUGUUUUUGCAAUUGCUGAUUACCCAGAACAGAUGUCUGACAAACAGCUGUUAGCGACCUGGAAACGGAUCAUUCAAGCACAUGGCGGCACUGUGGACCCCACGCUUACAAGCAGAUGUACGCAUCUUCUCUGUGAAAGCCAAGUCAGUAAUAUGUAUGCUCAGGCUGUGAGAGAAAGGAAGAGGUGCAUCACAGCACACUGGCUGAACUCCAUCUUGAAGAAGAAGAAAAUGAUACCACCACAUCGAGCCCUUCAUUUUCCAGUGGCAUUCCCACCAGGAGGAAAACCAUGCUCUCAGCACAUUAUCUCAGUGACAGGAUUUGUUGAUAGUGACAGAGAUGAUCUCAAACUAAUGGCUUACCUAGCAGGGGCCAAAUACACUGGCUAUCUGUGUCGCAGCAACACAGUUCUCAUCUGUAAAGAGCCUACUGGGUUAAAGUAUGAGAAAGCCAAAGAAUGGAGGAUACCGUGUGUAAACGCACAGUGGAUUUGCGAUAUAUUGCUUGGAAAUUUUGAAGCAUUACGGCAGAUUCAACAUAACCGAUAUACAGUGUUCAAUCUUCAGGACCCCCUUUCUCCCACUCAGCAGCUAGUUCUAAACCUUCUGGAUGCUUGGAGAGUGCCAUUGAAGGUAUCAUCAGAGCUUCUAAUGGGUGUGAGAUUGCCCCUGAAACCAAAGCAAAAUGAAUCAAGUCUUCAGCCUUCUUCUAAACGGGCAAGAAUUGAGGACAUACCACCACCUACUAAAAAGCUCUCACCAGAAUUGACCCCAAUGGUGCUCUUCACAGGAUUUGAGCCAACACAAGUCCAGCAGUAUAUCAAGAAACUCUACAUUCUUGGGGGUGAAGUAGCAGAAUCUGCACAGAAAUGCACACAUCUAGUUGCCAGCAAAGUGACCCGUACUGUAAAGUUCCUGACAGCAAUUUCAGUAGUCAAGCACAUAGUAACUCCGGAGUGGUUAGAAGAGUGUUUCAAAUGCCAGAAAUUUGUUGAUGAGCAGAACUUCAUGCUCCGAGAUGCAGAAGCUGAGGUGCUUUUCUGCUUCAGUUUAGAGGAGUCUCUAAAGAGAGCACAAGUGGCUCCACUUUUUAAGGGGAAAUAUUUUUACAUUACACCUGGAAUUUGUCCUAGCCUUUCCACCAUGAAGGCAAUUGUGGAAUGUGCAGGAGGAAAAGUAUUAUCCAAACAACCUUCUUUUCGAAAACUUAUGGAACACAAACAAAACAAAAGUUUGUCAGCGAUAAUCUUGAUAUCCUGUGAAAAUGAUCUUCACUUAUGUCGAGAAUAUUUUGCCAGAGGCAUAGAUGUCCAUAAUGCGGAGUUUGUUCUGACUGGAGUACUUACUCAAACACUGGAUUAUGAAUCAUAUAAAUUUACUUGAUGGAUAGUAAAAUGCCUUAUUGCUUCGGAGUCCUUGGAGCAUUAAAUCUAGCUGUUCCAGCCACCGUGUAAAGUAACUAAUACUUCCUGUGAGUGCUGUUUUCCAGCUGUGUUCCUUGGGAUGAUGAGCAGUUCAAAGCAGGAAAGCAAAAAAAAAAACUGCAUCUUUUUUAGGAUGUGUAAUUUUAUUAUGAGGAAACAUAAUUUACUAUGUUUUGUAUUAUACUACCGUUUUAAAAGAUCCCGUUUUAGAUAUCAUAAUUAAUUAGUUUGCUAGUUUUUAAAUAUUUUAACUAUGGUACUUCAAUCUAAAGGAAAAUUUGGAUGUGAAAAUAAAAAUAAAAAGGGCUUGUUGUCUCUUAAGUUAUGGAUUUGAAGAUUGAAAAUGUUUUGUACUUUAUUUUUAUUUCUUACACUCUAUUUUCUUUUAUAUUGGUAUUUUGCCCAAGUUUUAAAUAAAUGUACUAUAAAUGUUUUACUCUAAAUUUUAGUGGUGUUUUUUUAAAUAUUGUGCAGUUAUGGCACUCUGGUAAAAGAAAGUGAAUCAUUUUUCCAAGUGGUGUGAGAUUUUAAGUUUAUUUUUGGGGGUAUGUUAAUAUAUAAAAACCAGGUAAAUUAAAAGGAAAUUCUUGUAAGUGUAUAAAUGUGUUCCUUUCGACACAUUUAUAAACUUGGAGGGAGUGACUACAGCCCACACACUCGUAAUACUGUUGUGAUAACUUUCUUCUGUGUAAUCAAUUUUAUGAAAUAAAUAUUUUUAAAAAUCUCUCAAAAUUAUUUUUAACUUGUAUUUUAUCAAAAGUGAACUGUUCUUGCAAUACACAUGCCAUUACAUCUACUUUAUCGCUUUAGAUUCUUAAUCCUGAUCAACAAAUAGAUAAAAAACCCAGUCUGAGAGCACCUACAUUUUGCUUAAUCAGCAAGCAGUUAUGUCAGGGGAGAGGCAUUCUGUUUACUUGUGAAGCACCAUGCAUGCUGCUGACCCAGUGUAACUCUUGCAUUUAAGUGUGCUCUGAAUUGCUCAGAAGUAUUUUGAACAGUAUCUAACCAUGUGUUUUAGCAGGCACUAUGUUCUUAUUUAGACACACUUGUUGAGAAGAUUUUGCAAAGGUAGUAAUAUCAAAAAGUGAGCAAAGCUGAUCUUCAGUUUGUCCAUAGAAAGCUCGGUUUAUAUCAUACUAUUUAAUUUAUAUAAGUAUUUAAAACUAUGUAUUUUGUGUUUUAGAGAAUGCAUAAAAUCUCUGUGGUAAUUGACCUCUUUCUCUGUUGCUUCCCUUCUGGGAAUGUUUAAAGUUAAGCAUAUGGUUAAGUACCUUGCUGAAUUGGAGUCCUGCACUCUCUGAUGUGAUUUCUUAAGCAUUUUUUGCUCCUCCUUGGGGUUACUAUAAUACAUGAAAUCUUCAAACUAUACAGUCUGUUUACUGCUGAUCUUAGAGCUGGAUAAAAUGUUGAGUUCAAAAUUUUGCUAAAAAUUUUGAAUGACUUUUUUUUUUUUUUUGCCAGUUCUAGUGAUACCUAUUGGAAUUUUUUUGUUGUUGAAACGUGUAUCAUUCAAAAUAAAUAUUGAUUCUUCAUUGAGAA